AUGCUGGCAAAGAAUAAUGACUUGAUCAGGAAUACAGUGCAUCGCCAUGAGCCUCCAGUGACUGCCCAGCCCAUCCAAAUUUUGGUGGAGAAUGAUGAGGUCGUGGUUGUUGACAAACCAUCCUCCCUACCAGUGCAUCCGUGCGGCAGGUUUCGUCACAAUACCGUCAUCUUCAUCCUGGGCAAAGAGCAUAACCUGAAAGAGCUGCAUACAAUUCACCGGCUGGAUCGCAUGACCUCCGGAGUGCUCAUGUUUGCCAAGACCGCAGAGGUAUCCAAGAGGAUUGAUGAGCAAGUUCGGCAGAGACAGCUGGAAAAAGAGUACGUCUGCCGUGUGGUGGGGAAGUUUCCAGAAGACGAAGUGGUCUGUGAAGAGCCUGUUCUGGUGGUUUCCUAUAAAGUGGGAGUGUGUCGUGUAGACCCCAAAGGGAAGUCCUGCAAAACCAUCUUCCAGAGGCUCAGUUACAAUGGCGAGACCAGCGUGGUCAGGUGUCUUCCAUACACGGGCCGCACACACCAGAUCCGGGUGCAUCUGCAGUACUUGGGGUAUCCUAUUGUCAAUGACCCUAUAUAUAAUAUGAAAGCAUGGGGUCCUGAGAGGGGCAAAGGUGGCAAGAUUGAUAAAACUGAUGACGAGCUCUUGGAAGCGCUAGUAGAGGAGCACCGUUCCAAGCAGAGCCUGGAUGUCCUGGAUAUUUCGGAGGAGGACUGGGACCCCAGCACAGACAAUAGAGAGUGUGGUAAUUCAGGUGACUACAGGGAAUCCGUUGACCCUGUGAACGGAAACUCCUGCCCUGCUGAGGAUGCUAAGGAUCCAGCGAGAGGUGAAAUCCCUGCUGUGGAAGAGGAAGGUGUGGAAGAGAAGGACCCUCUGUGCCUGGAGUGCCAGAUAACCAGGCAGGACCCCUCUCCGAGGGAGCUGGUGAUGUACCUGCACGCCCUGCGCUACAAGGGAGCCGGCUUCGAGUACUGCUCCAAGAUGCCCCCGUGGGCCAUGGAGGACUGGCAGGAAUGA